AUGACUAACUUCACCGCCCCUGGGAAUGGUAUCAGCGGCGGCUACCAGGGAGCUUCCCUGGGCAUGAAGAUCACGAUCGCUACUCUCGCUGGAAUCACCUGGUACAAUGCCUUCGAGCUGAUGAUUCUACUUUUCGUGACUUUUGCCGAGUACAGAGGUCUCUACUUUUGGAGUUUGCUGAUCUCAUCCUCUGUUGGUUUAUUGCCUUACUCGCUGGGUUUUUUGCUCAAGUUCUUCAAUCUUACCGACAUACGAUGGCUGCCCGUAACAUUGCUCACGAUCGGAUGGUGGUGCAUGGUCACGGGCCAGUCUGUUGUCCUGUACUCACGCCUACAUCUCGUCCUCUCAAACCACCGCGUUCUACGCCGCGUAUUGAUCAUGAUUGUUGUCAAUGCAGUUAUUCUUCAUCUACCCACAACCGUCCUUACCUAUGGCACGAAUCUCGCCGUCGCACCCUCUCUUGAAGCGUGGAAAAGGGGCUACAACAUAAUGGAAAAACUCCAAAUGACAGGCUUCUGUCUACAAGAAUUCAUUAUUUCGGGCCUAUACAUCUGGGAGACAGUGCGCAUGCUGCGCCUGGAUCCAGAUCGCGCCAAGCGCAAGAUCCAAUACCAACUGCUGAUAAUCAACUUCAUCAUCAUCAUCCUAGACCUCGGCCUACUCGUCGCCGAGUACAAGAACUACUACAUUAUGGAAACAAUGCUCAAAGGCGCCGUCUACAGCAUCAAGCUGAAACUCGAAUUCGCCGUCCUCGGAAAACUCAUCCACCUCGUACAUAAUCACGUAUGGAAACCCGAAUCUUUCUCCGCACCACGCGACCUCCCCGAUUUCGUCGAUGCAACCCGUGUCACCUCAGAUGUUACCCACGCUCCUCCCACAGUCAACCAGCGCAUGCCAUCAGGCAUGGACGCAGAUGACAUCUCCAUCGCCAUGUUCGAACAUUUGCCCCCAACUCAUAUGCGGAGUAACUCUGACUCCAAUUCGUGGAGCAGCGAGGGUCGCGCAUACCAUGUGGAUCAUGCGCCGAUUGACUUCACCAACCCUUUUCAGUACUCAAGGCAUGCGAGUCGGUCUCGGAAAAUGGUCGAGAAACCGUGCUGA